AUGGCCCUCUACUCCGUUACCCGAUUCCGAUUAAGCUUGUUCUAUCUCAUACUUUUGUUGACCUUUAAAGCACUUGCAGCACUUCCAAAAAGAACUCUAUGGUUUCAUGACUCUUGUUCUGAGGGUGCAGUGGGGAUCGUGUGGGAAGAAAUGCAAGACAUGCUCAGAUUGGCAAGCCCGGCUACCAAUCUAAACGCAUGGUCUGAUGCCGGGAAAUACUUCAGACUUGUGUGGGGAGACAAUCGCGAGGAUACGUUCAAAUUUGUUAAAGGUUCGUUGUACAAGAAAAAGAACCUGUUUUAAUACUAAACGGUUUCAGACACGGUCGAUGCUGUCAACCCUGAAAUGGCUACACUCAAGGAAGACGCUAAUACGUAUAUCUACUGUGAUGACGAUGAAAGAUGGUCGCCACCGGGAAAGACCCCUGGGAUUGCGGAUGACUUGUGGUACGAUGCUGAAAACCGUAUAACUUUUAAACCAACGACUAGUUUCGGAGGUCUCCAGCCAGGCUGCAAAUACAAUGAUGACGAUAAACCUCCAGGUUCGUGGGUUGUAAACGGCCAGACAUAUUGUGAUGUGCUCCCAUCAGGAAAACGCGGGUCAUGUGCGAUCAGCAUCUGUAAAUAUAUAUCUGACUAUGUAUAUGUUGCGGUCUCGCAGACUGAAGUGAGUCCACAGGACUCAAGCGCCAAUUACAUUGAUCAGUAUGUUUUCUUCAGCGGCACUCUACUCCACGAGGUUAGGACCCCCAUUGAAACCCCCUGAGGACUUUGCUUACUCAUACUUGAAAGCUUGCCCAUACGAUUGAGAAUUACUAUACUGGUGACAAAUGUAAGCAAACCUCUUGGAUUGGAGUAACCCUAAAUUCGUAAUGAGCUCAUGCACCUGUUUUAGGGAAAGACAGGGGCCCACAUCCAUAUAGAUGGCAGGCCGUUGUUGCAAAGAAGGGUACUGAAGCGUUGACGAAUGCGGAAAACCUUGCAUAUUGGGGUAUGGGAUCUUCAAAAACCUCAAGGUCACCUUUUACUGACCAAAAGUAGGCCUGGGAUGUAUCCUUAUGUCCCGAGGUGUUGCAAUCAACGAAAAUGGCGGUUUCCGCAUUUUACGGCCGCUGAGAAAUCAGCCAAUAGUAAAUUGA